UACAACUGGUGCCCAAGAAGGAAGAACGGUGGCUGUUGUGCAUGUUCCACAUGCAUUUGAAGAAAAACAGCCAGUGAUGCAGGAACUUGCUGCCUGACAUAAGGUGAUGCUUGUGUGUAGAUGUGGAAAGAUGAGAGAGCUCAUCAGUCUUCUUCUGGCUCCAUGCUUGGUUUUGGGGGUUGGAACUACUCGAGUGAGCAUCCCAAUGCAUACCCUACAGUGUUAUAAUGACUACAUGUCUCUUACAACUUGCACAUGGAUGGAGUGUUCAGAGGCUCAUCAACUCCUGAAUGUGACUCUGAACCACGGCUGUGAAAAGAACAAAGAAAUGACAUGCAGGUCUCACAAAGGUGAAAACCACGCUGACUGCCAGAACUUCACAAUGCAUUGGGUAUGUGACAUCCAUGCAUGUGAUGAAGAAAACUACAACUUUGAAUUUGACCUGACAUUGCAGGCAGAGCUAGAUGUCUACUUGUUUCAGAAUGUUCAGACCUUCCCACCUCAAAACCUCUCAGUCAGCUUGAUGACAUCAGGAGACUUCUUGCUGACCUGGAAAGCAGCUGAUGGAAGCCAAGGGCUGGGCAAUGCCCUGGAGCACGAAGUCACUUACAAGCGGGACUGGGAGUCCUGGGAGAAAGCUGCCUCGCUUUUGCUCUCCAACACCACACGUUGCCACCUCAGCUGCAAGGACCUUGUCCCAGGGAGCAGUUACGUUGCCCGUGUGCGAGCCAGACCGGGGCAAUCCAGUGGCUUCUCUGGGCAGUUCAGUGAGUGGAGCACGGAGGUGUCAUGGGAGACCCCUGAAGGUGGCCUUCAGCCCAGGAACCUUCGCUGCCUCUACAAUGGUGCAGAUCGUCUGACAUGCAGCUGGGAAGUGAAGAAAGCAAUCAUCACCUCUGUCAUCUUUGGCUUGUUCUUCAGGGCCACUCCAGCAUCAGCGUACGUCCUCUGUCCAUGGCAGCAUGCCUGUGACUCUCCCAUGGAGUUUCUGCUCUGUUUCAUUCCCCCUGAUCUCAGCUCAACCUCUUCUUCUUCCCUCAGAGAAGAGGAGUGUUCUCCUGUGCAGGAGAAGUCUUUGCCCCAUGUCCCAUAUGUGGUCCAGAGCUGUGAGAUCCCUGUCAGCAACUCCAGCAGUCAGAGCCACUACCAUGUGUCUGUCCGGGCCAAGAAAGAAGAAAAGCUGAUUAAUGCCCGCAAAAACAUUAAGGUGAUGCCGCCUACCAAUGUGUCAGUAACAGUGACAGAGAACCAAGAGUAUGAACUGAGGUGGAUAAAACAUACUUUGGGAUAUGGCUUCAUAAAACAGAGAUAUGAAGUUAAGUACUGGAAAAACAACCAAUAUGAAAAGACUCUCCAGAAGUUAAAUAUCAACAACGAUGAACCUCCUUUCACCUUCACCCGGCAGAUGCUGGCAUCAUCUACAGAAUAUAGGGGGAAAAUGCGUGCAAGGGUGAAUACGCCUCUGGAUUAUGAGGGACCUUGGAGUGAAUGGAGUGAGGAGUUCACCUGGAAGACUGAAAAUGUUCUGCCACCAGUGGUUCUCCCAGUGAUGUUCCCAGUUCUCAUCAUCACUUUGCUAAUCAUUACUUAUUGCAGCUACAGGUGUUUUCUCAGGAAGAAGCAAAUGUGGGAGGAAAAGAUUCCGAACCCCAGCAAGAGUCUCCUGAUCCAGAGCUACCUGGAGAAAGCUGUCAGCCAAUGUCCAGUCAGCCAGGUGGGCUUAUAUAGACAGAACACUUCUGAGGAGCUGGAGCCGAUUAACUGCCUUCAAGUGCUGGAUGGGAUGACUAAGAGCUCAGCAGAGUUCCAUGGAGCUGAGGCAAAGACAGUGCAGACUUUCCAUGAUACACUGGCUCCACAAAACUCCUGUCAGAAUUCUGGAGUGCCACAUAAAACCUCAUUUUCCUCGUCCGCACUCAUCUGGCCAUUGAAUCAGACUGCUGGUCCAUCCUGCCAGUUUGCCAGGCUACCUCUCAGGAGUGCUUCUCAUGCAAGUAUUGCUUCCCAGACUUGCUUUGCUUUCAAUGGUCCAUACUUGUACAGCUCAGUGAUGUCCUCCCAGCCUGAUAUGCAUCAGACCCUGCAAGUGAACCUAGCAGGACUCCAUGGGAAAUCACUUUCCCUUCAGUAUGUGACCCUCCCAAAGGAGGACUGUCCCCACACUCCACAGGGGCAAGAACAGCCAGGAGCAGGUCCUCCACAACCCUUCCCAGAUCAGAAAGAAAUGAUGCAGCACCUGAGCGAUCAGAAAGAAGUGCCAUCGGCCCUACCAGCUUGUGAGCAAGACACAAACAUGAGAACAGAAGAGCAGAAAUCUCCAAAGGCUCUUAGCUGUAUCACAUCUCCUCAGCACUGCCCCCUGGAGUACAUCACCACAGAGAGCCUAUUAAUGCCAUCAGCCAGCGGCUCGACCCAUCUGCCACUUGUCACUGCAGGGGAGUCACCUGGUGUCUCACAGGAGCCCCAGCUCCCCAGUGACCACUCUUGCCAUGAGUUUUCUCCUGGGAAAACUGGUGUCAUGGUCCCAGUUUCAGGUCAAGCACCAACCUCUUCUCCUGAAUUGCACCUGGAUGUGUUUGAAGACUCUUCAGGUAUUCAUGGACCUUCAGAACCCACAAAAAUGUCCUUACAUAUUCCUUGAAAAGGCAAGGUUCCCAAAGAACCUGUGUCUGAGAACAACAUAGAUAAAUUUAUUCCUACCAGCACCAUAAAAGUUUUCCUCCACUAUGGGCAAUUGCUACUCUGUCCCCAACCGGAAACCCAGUAAGAGGGCGGAGACAAGUCAGAAAGAUUCCCAAGUAUAUUUGGUUUACAAGUCAAGUUUUUGACAGCAGGGAAGCUACAGGGGUGUCUCCCAUGUGAUGUUAGAAGCUUCCCCCAUGUCCAACAAAGUUCCAGCCAGCUCCAAGAUGGACCUGCUACUGGCCAAAGCUGAGCUCAUCAACGAUGUUGGUAGUACCUCUGUGGUAAUGUAUUUAAGAAGGGGUAAAAACUGCUCUGCAACAUAAUUGCCAUGUACCUGCUUUAGAUAGGCUUGCUUCACAUUCCCCUGAUAGGUGCAGUUGGCAGGGGAAGCAGACAGAUUUAGCUGGGGCUUCCUUCUAAAAACAGGUAAUCAAUUUCUGCUCAAGCCUCUUAGGUUAUAGGAAAAUUAUUUUUCUGGGGUACAUAAUAGGUCUGAAUAAUCAGUUUUGAUGCUCAAGACCAAUGAGCCCAAGUGUUUAAAAGAAAAUAAGUAUAAAUAAAAUGGCAGCUCAGCAUAAACACUGGUAGGCCUGUUUACUAAAAUCAGCAGUACAGCCUGAAAGCUUCUUGGUAAUGUGGCCCAUUCCCCUGUUUUGCCCAGAUCUGAGAGAGUUCAUUGUCCAUGAGGAGAUGGUGCUUCUAAACCUCGCUUACUGUUGCUAAGUGCAGUGAUCCCACCUCUGAUGCUGGGUCACUUCUCUUAGCAGCUUCAGCCCAUGAAGCCUUGGUUCUGUCCACAAUCCCACACUGCUCCCUCAACAUUUCAGAUCCUCAGAGAGGAGUCUGUGUCAAACAAAACCCAAAGAGAACCCUGAGAAAACACCUUUUAUUAUUAUUAUUACUAUUAUUAUUAUUUAUUUUUUUUUCACUUGCUUGAUCUAUGGCUUCUUUGCUCUACCACUACCAAGGGGAACACCACAGGUAAUUCUUAGCCCUCAAAACACCAUUCUCUCUUGAUGGAUGUUUUAAAUACCUUUAAACUUAAGACACAAUUGUAUUUCAACCACAGUGCCCAAGAAUGGAAUCCACUGAAGUCAGUUCAGUUGCUCCCUCUUUGUUGUGAUCUCUAGCCACUUCAAGCAGUGCUGGAUUUCUCUUUUAUCCCAUUAUGGGCAGGAUCAGCAGUAACUACUCCAUUCUUUUAGGAGUACUAGGCUUACCUCCAGAUAGAUGUAGCUGCCAAUUCAAUUUUUUUUUUUCAGUGCAAGCUUUACAGAAUAAAGGAUUGAAUUUAAGAGCAGGCUGAAGACACUGGUAAGAGUUCUUGCAGUGAUUGUCAUCUCCUGUUCUUAGAGCUGUUACAGUUUCUUUAAUGAGCCUUUCAAAGUCAUUUGCAGUGGAAAUACCAAAGGUUGGAAUCAUUCAGCAUAGCAUGAGAUAGGCAGAAGUCAGGGGAAUAGAUGAAAAGAGAUUGGCUGGAGAAGAGGAAAUAUUAAAAGUGAUACCGUGCAGAAUGAUCUGUGCCUCAGCUGCAGGGACUCAUAAGCCUAAAUUGGGAAAUACCCUUUACUAUAAGAAAUAAUAGAAGGUAUGAGGAAAGAGCUGCAGAAGCUUAGAUGUACUUGGUCUCUUCUACUUCAAAUUGCUGUAGUAUGAUUAUCUGUAUUUCAAACGGAUCGACUGUUCAUAGAUGACUGAAACAGUUCUUAAAUAGCUGUAUUGGUGAAGGCUUUGCUACACCAGAUAACCUAUGUUUUUUCUCCAAGUUCUGCCCUGCCAGUUAGAAACGUUGACUCAGAGCUGCCACCCAAUGAUCAGACCUUGCAAAAUCACUGAAGUACAGGUUGCCCAUGUUGUCAAGUGCUGAGUUCAGUGAGAAAAUGUAGAGACCAACUAAUAUCUCACUGCAGUGAAAGGCCAUUUCCCUCUCCACUCCCUUUCCAUUACUCUUUCUCAACAUUUACAUACCCCAUCAUUCUCAUUGCCUCACCUGCAACAAUGUCCUUUGCUUAGAAGAUUUAAUUUGUUAACUUGUUAACUUUGUUUUUUUUCUUCUGUAUUGAUUUUCUGCUGGUUUAUCAAGAUCAGUCAGUUCAGAUUGUAGGCAAGUGUGUCAGCACCAGCACAAACAAGCAAGAAGGAAUGAACUGCUGAGAGCAGAGGGAUGGCUAGAAGGGGGAUUUUGUGGGUGUGAGGACUUAUUUCAGCCCUGUUCUUGUCUAACUGCAUCUGACAUGCUACUUGGAGAUCCAAAACUGGCUUUAAAUACAUAUGUUUGGAUACUCAAAGCACUCUGGUCAACACAGAGUGCCAUACAGGGUAAUGAUCCUUGCCAAGGUUCUGGCUAAAUUAGUCUGCUCAGCACUCAGAGACUGCAGGUAUUGAUUGCUCCCAGUGGCUGCGCUGCCUCAUGGAAAGCCGUCUCAGUUAUCUGUGCAGUGUGUCACCCAUCAGAAAGUGCUUGCCCUGACUGAGCUGUAACAUUUGGUAAAACAAAGAAGAUGAAGGGGGAUUGCCACACAUAUGUUCAUCUGACACCAAACACCUGUCACCCAUCUGAGUGAAUUAUAAAAUGUCAACUAUUUUGUACUAUUUAUGUGCUUAUAAAAAUAUUUUCAUUUGUAAACAGUGUACAAAGUGGCUUUACUCCA